AUGCUAAGCAUCGAGCAGAUGUUUAGCCAGGACAUUGCCAGAACCAACGACAGGAUCGUCGAAGAUCUAGAGCGGUUCCUGAACAGCUUCAAGAACCGUAAGCAACAGUCCAGAGCAGCUUUCUCCGAAAGCGAUACCAAUAUCGAUACCGAUAAGAGUCCACGACAAGUGCCAGCUCGGGAAGAUAAAAGCACCGAGGGCUAUAGAGAAGAGACACAGGAUCGGUCUAAGCAAAGACACGACAGGAACCCCCACCUAGAACACAGCACCGUUGUAGAUCUAGCGCCGCACAAAAUCACUCGUGCUGACAGGAAGAGGAUUAGCCAAGACACACACAGCAAUCACUCGGACAGAGAAGUUCAAUCCCGAGAUUCAUCUCCUCUGUCGAGUGGGAGUCCCGGCCCUCAUUCGGACGAAGAUAAGAUGGGAAGCUCAUCCAGUAAAAGGAGUGACAAGUAUUCGGCACGAAAUUCGGACGGUGAUGCUUCCAGGCGUGAUUCUCGGAAGCUACACAAAGAGCGACCCGGAAGCAACGCAGCAAGCGCUGACUCAAGAAGGCGGGCUCGCCUCAAAGAACAGGAGUUCGAGAGGGCACACAUUGAGAGAAGAUUUAGAGAUCAAGAACGGAGGCUAGAACGAGUAUUGUGGGAAAGUCGUCAGGCUGGACAUCGCUCGGAAGACUCUCAGAAUGCAGGGAGGCAAUGGAAGCGAGAAAUGGAGGCAAUCAAGGACAAGCGAGAUGCAUAUGCACGAGAUAAAAAGGUACGUGAAAACUCCGAGGAGCAUUUGCGUCAACGGCGGAAGGAUGGAAAGGAGGCACGAGAGUCAGCUCAGAGAGAUACGUCUGAUAGGUUCCGACGCGAGGAGGAGAGGAUGGCAGCCAGGCAAGCAGCUUCCGAUGGAAGAGGGCAGCCAGUACCAACUCGAAGCAAGGAGACACCAGGUAGAGCCGCCUCUCCAAGAUAUUCAGCAGAGAGGGUAGCAAACCGUAGCAGGGCAUCGAACUCUGCCGCAAGACGGUCACGGCCAGUUGUCUCCCAACUAAGCGAGGAAAAUGUGAGAGCCCAGCAGGGAGACUUCAUUGAUAAUAUUCUAGGUCGCACGGAGCUGCACAGGGGACUGGGUAACAUGGACCGCACUUAUCUCGAAGGCAUGAUUCUAUCUGAAGAGUGUGAACUAGCCGAAAAGUCUCUAAAGCCCCGGAAGAGUGAACAAUCCAGGGAGCGGAAACUGGUGGAAGCUCAAACACAUCAGCAAGCCACAAGAACAGACACCGAGCAGGAGACCGCUGUCCAACAGGAUGAACAAGAAGUUGCUAUCCAAAAGCCUCUCGCUAAAGAACCUGCCAAGAAGACCAAUGCGGUAAUUUAUCUCCUCGAUUCUGGAACAAAAUACGUGAAGGAACCACGGAAAGCGAGAGAUGGAUUGAAGGAAGGCGCACCGAGAAAGGCUGCCGAGGACAGGGAAAGGAGACGUCAAGAACGAAACAAGAAAGCUGAGCUGAAAAGAGAUGACAACGAGAAGCGUCUCAAAGAGCAAAAGAAGAGAGAGCGAGAACGCGCGGAAGCUGCGAAGAAAAGAGCUGAAGAUGUAAGACAAGCCCGAAGGGUUAGGGAUGCCAAGAAGAAAAAAGAUGACGAAGCAAAACGUCUCCGGGAGCAGCGGGCAAGAGAAAAAGCCCGUCAAGCUGAAAAGGAGAAAAGGGCUGCAGCAGAGAAGAAAAAGCGUGACAAGCAGAAGCGUCAAGAACAGGAGUCGCAACCAAAAACCAUAUUUAAGCGGAAGCUAGGUGAUAUGGCCCGAACAAUGUUAGAAGGGAUGGAGCCCAGAAAGGAACGAAAAUGAAAGUUCCCAAGCCAACGUGAUAAGGGGAAUCCCAAGUACAAAGGAUUUGGCAAGAAUUAUGGUAUAUUAAGAAGUGCCAUUUGAAAGUAGCUGUUGUCCCGUUUGACUGACGUGCUGGUCUAAAUUGGAG